AUGUCUCAAAAAGAUAGUGUUCACUUGUUUGAGUCAGCUAUAGCUGAAAACUCAAGCAAUAACAACAAACAAAUAGAAGUUGAGCGGCCUUCUACGCCAACAAACUCACUGGAAAGAAACUACUUUAACUUAC